AUGGAACCAACGAGGACGUUGAGGCUGGGGCUGCUGGGCUGCCUGCUGUUUGUCCCCUGGCUGCGCGGUGAGUGCCGGGGUGGGGGGGACACCGCAGAGCUGGCUGCCUGCGCCUGGGGCUGGGUGCCCUUCAACGAGGGGUGCUACAGCUUCUUCCCCAGGGAGCUCAGCUGGAGAAGGGCAGAGGCCUUUUGCCAGCGCUUUGGCACCAGCACCCACCUGGCCUCGGUGCACAGCGCAGAGGAGCACCGGGCCAUUGCUGCCCUGCUCUCUUCCUCCUACCCUGGCGAGGACAGCGAGGAGGAGGAUGAGGAUGAUGGCAUAUGGAUUGGCCUCCACCGUCCCCUGGGGAGCCGCCGCUGGCAGUGGUCAGACAGCUCAGAGGUGGACUAUGGCUCCUGGCACCAGCAGCCCGGCCCCAGGAGGAGAGCCUGUGCUGCGCUGCAGGAUGGCGCCGAUUUCAUGACGUGGUACAGUGAUGCCUGCUCUGAGAGAAAACCCUUCGUCUGCAAGUCCAGCGCCUAG